AAAAUACGAUUUUAUUCUCGCAGCUUGCCAAAAUUGAAAUUACCAUUUUCCACAUUUGGCGUUUGAUUAUACGUUUUUUUUUUAACCGUAGUUAUUGUCACUAAUAAUUAUUAAAUUCUUUAAUUUGUUACCUCUUUUUAUAUUUUUUUUAUCACAAUGAAUGGUGAAUGUAUGUUAGACUACCGCGAAGCGGAUAUCACCCAUGCCGAACGCAUGAAGGAAGAGGCAAACGCUCAUUUUUCUGCCAAACGAUAUGCCGAAGCUAUUGACAGUUACACUAAGGCAAUUGCCAUGUGUGAAAGUUCGUCCAACAAGCCUCACAACUUUGCCGCCUACUAUGCUAACCGCAGCAUCGCCUAUUCCAAAACCGAAGCCUACGGCUACGCCUUGGCCGAUGCGUCUAAAGCCAUACAACUAGAUCCGAAGUAUUUAAAAGGCUAUUAUCGAAGAGCAACAGCGUACAUGUCUUUAGGGAAAUUCAAAGAAGCGUUGAAAGAUUAUGAAGUCGUAGUUAAAGCGUUACCAAACGAUAAAGACGCUUAUCAGAAAUACACAGAGUGCAAUAAGUUGGUUAAAAGACUAGCUUUUGAAAAAGCUAUUUCAGUCGAAGAUUCCAAGAGUGUUUCCGAACAAAUAGACAUUGAAUCAAUGAGUAUCGAAGAUGAUUAUAGUGGUCCAAGUUUAGAUAAUGGUAAAGUUACACUAGAUUUUAUGAAAGAACUAAUCAAAACUUACCGAGAACAGGGUAAGUUACAUAAAAAACAUGCUUAUAAAAUAUUGUUGGAUGUUAAAAAAUAUUUAGAAAAACAACCAACACUUGUUCAUAUUAAUAUUAAGGCUGAAGAAAAAUUUACUGUUUGUGGUGAUAUUCAUGGCCAAUACUAUGAUUUAUUAAAUAUAUUUGAACUCAACGGUUUACCAUCAGAUAACAAUCCAUAUCUGUUUAACGGCGAUUUUGUUGACCGAGGAUCUUUUUCAGUAGAAUGCAUUUUUACCUUGUUCGGAUUUAAGCUCCUUUUCCCAGACAAAUUCUUCAUGUCUCGUGGAAAUCACGAAAGCGUAACUAUGAAUCGUAUGUACGGGUUCGAAGGUGAAGUUAAAUCUAAAUAUUCUGUAGAGAUGGCUAAUCUUUUCACUGAAGUAUAUAAUUGGCUUCCACUGGCUCAUUGUAUCAAUAGACGUGUGUUAAUUAUGCACGGUGGAUUAUUUUCAAAAGAUGAUGUCACUUUGAAAGACAUUGAAAAUAUUUAUCGUAACAGGCAACCACCAGAAGAAGGUUUAAUGUGUGAUAUACUAUGGUCGGAUCCACAAGACGCCCCUGGCCGUUCACCGAGUAAACGUGGUGUCGGAGUACAAUUUGGACCAGAUAUCACCAAAAAGUUUGUCGAGUUGAACAGUUUAGAUUACAUCAUACGAAGUCAUGAAGUGAAAGCAAAUGGGUACGAAGAAGCUCAUGACUCGAAAUGUGUGACUGUAUUCUCUGCUCCCAACUACUGUGACACAAUGGGUAACAAAGGAGCGUUUAUUACACUCGAGGGUCAGUGCCUUAAACCAAAAUUUACAACAUACACAGCUGUACCACAUCCACCAGUGAAGCCUUUAAUGUAUGCUAACUCCUUAGUAAACCUGUUCUGUUAGUGAAAUCAUUUUCUUAAUUAUUUUUUUUUUUUAUUUAUGUACAAGUUAUUCUUGUUGAUUUGUUUGCCUAACACAAAAUAAAAUGCAUUUUUUUGUAUUU